AUGGUUGAGUUAUAUCUCCGACUAUAUCCACUUUUUUUGGGUUGCAGUGCUCUUGGCGGAUUCGGCUUCUGUCAGUGGUUUGCCGCCACGGAUACCGAAAUUCAAGGACUGCUUCAUCAUAUGUCGCUGAAGCCAUUAUUGACGACAGUCCCCCAGCUGCUAACAGCAUUGCUACUUCUAUACUAUGCAUGUACAUUUUCGCGAGCAUCAAGUGCCUUCGUGCAUCGCAUGUUAGUGACAUCCUCUCUCCACAAAAGUAUCACAAGCCUUACCUUGGCUUCAUUCAUCUUUUCGGCUUUCCAUUUGUCACUUAGCGUUUGUUGCUCAACUCCAAUUUUGUGUCCUUUCAAUCCAAUGGGAUAUCAACUCGAUCAAAUUGUGAGCUGUCCGACUUCCGUGGCAAACUUAAAUGUAUUCCCACGACUAGUCUACAGCUGUGUGACAUAUAUAAUGCUGCUUGCUCUUGCUAGCAUUGAGCCUGCACAAAUCACUAAGGACCUGAAUUCUCGUGUGCACAAGGCCAACUUCAUCACCUUUUCUCGACGUGAACCUAUAUAUGAUGCUUCGCCUUCAGUUUUUUAA